UGUCCGGUGUGUGUGUGUGUGGACAGCCGAUCGGGUACUGUGACCGGAGCUCUCCCGCCCGCCGUGCACGGCAGCGGAUCAUGUCCCUCCCGCCGCUACAGCGCCUGCGCCAGGCGCCGCGACACCUGCUGGUCUGCGAGAAGGGGCACGCGCGGCACGCGCGCUCGCGGCACGCGGCGCACGUGCGGGACCACGCGUACAACUGCCGCGUGUCUUUUUUGAUCCCCGAAUGUGGCUUGCUACCUGAAGUGCUGAAAAGCACUAUUGCGGAUGUUGGAGAGUACUACCUGGUGAGGAAUUUACCAGUUCAUGAAUUGGUUGCUCAUGAUUUCAUUGAUGCUUUUGUGAAGAAAGGUUCAUGCUACGCGCUUACCUAUAAAACAAAAAUUGAUCAAGAUAAUACUGCAGCUCUGCUACCAAAUGGAAAUCUAAUUCUGUCGGUGGAUAAGGAUACUUAUGAGGAACUUGGACUGCAAGGUCGCCCUUCUAAAUAUUCUGGCAAAAAAGUAAUGAGAUAUAUUAUAACUAUUGACUUGACUGAUUCCGGCUUUCAUCCUGAUAGCAAGAAACAUAACAGAGUGCUUUGGGCCUUAAAAGAAAAUAAACCUUUAGAAUUUGACUUCCUACUAGCUUGGUAUCAUACAGGUGCAGAGGGAUCAACACUGGUGUCAUACUUUUCAAAAAACCAAAUAGAGACCCUGAAGCCAAAAAUAACAUUCAGCACAUUAAGGGACUUACAGUGCCCACUGUUGGAAAGUAAUGAACUAUAUGGAAAGCCAGAGGAGUCCUGCAGUACAGAGGAGCUGUUUGAAUGGCUAGGUGCUGUCUUGAAUCAAGUUAGCUUAGACAACAAAUCGUCUAGCUUCUUAUCAACUUAUUGCUGUCCUCAGCCGAACACAAUUGUGGAAAAAGCAUUUUUGUGCACAAUCACAGGCUUUAUAAUUCCUGAGAAGAUAAUUCAGUUAUUGGAGCAGCUGUGUUGCUAUUUUGGUGAACCAAAACUGGCGUGUUGGCUGACCUUAACUGUGCAUGGCUUUGCAGACAGCCCUGUUUCCUGGAGAGAAAAUGAACAUGGUUUCCACAAGGGAGGAGAAAACUUGUACAACUUUGUUAUUUUUAGAAAUCUGGACUACUGGCUUCAGAUGGCUGUAGGAACUAACGAUGAUUGUCCUCCAUAAAGCUACAUCUACACAAGUUGUUUUCUAAUAACCCCAUGUUACUGUACAGAAACCUAAUAAGAUAAUUUUUAUAAAAGGAAUCAUAACAACUACUGAGAGGCUGUAUAUGUUUUUACAUUACUUAUACCCUUUAAAGGAUGACCUGCAAUGGAAGGAGUGGAUUUUUGCUUCUUCACUGUCAUACAGUGCCUUCUGAAAGACUUCACAAUUCUAGGUUUAAGAAGAUGUUUUGGAGAGUUAGAAGUACUCGGGAAUUGACUGUAGGUGGUUUCCUUUUAUCCAGAAGUAAUUUUGGAAUUUGAGAGUUAGUUUUACAGAUUGCUAGCUAAAAUAUUUGUGGGGAAAGCUCAUUUUGGGAUUUAGUGUUUUCUUUCUUUACAUUAAAGAUCUGUAAACCCUUCAAA